AUGGUUCUCAAGAUCCGUCUUGCGCGCUUCGGCAAGCGCCAUGCGCCUUUCUACAACAUUGUCGUCGCCCACGCCCGAACCGCACGCGGCAGCAAACCUCUCGAAGUCCUCGGCACAUACGACCCCAUUCCCAAAACGCCCACCGACGGCAACGAGACGGCGAAAAAGUUCAAGGAUAUCAAGCUCGAUGUUCACCGCGCAAAGUACUGGUUGGGUGUUGGUGCUCAACCGAGCGAGCCUGCUUGGAGGCUGCUUAGCAUGGUGAGUCUUUUCGCCGGCAGAGAACAAGAAUGA